UUUUCUUAAAUUUACUUUCUCCACUUCAUUUAAAAUUCCUCUCUUCUCUUCAAAGUUAUCCAUGUCUGUAUCUGCACACUCUCUCUCCCCCACUCGGCGAAGAUGAGUAUGGAUUCAAGUAGCCGCCUUUUAGGACCAUGAAACUCAGGGUAACGAGUCACAGAAUGAGUCAAAACGGUGCCUCAUUCCCCUCCAUCGUGAUCGAUAGCUGAUCAAAGAAACACAAGCCAAGAAUUUUUCUGAACAUACAUAGCUGUUUAUCUCUCUCUCUCUUGAAUUCUAAAAGAAAUCAGAAUCUCAGCAUUCAAACACACCAGUUCAAGUGAAUUGGUUUUCUGGUGAUUUCCAAGGAUUCACGUCAGGUGUAAUCAUCCAUUUCCUCUCUUGUCAGUUGAUCUUUUAAAUCAAAAGCCUAGAACAGUACUAUUACUACCCCAUAUAUCUUUUGUAACCUUAGAGACUUGGAAAAGUAGAAAUUUUUCUUGGUGACUUCAAAGAAUUCGUUUCAUCUUAACUAGAAGUUUCUGAAAGAAAUAGAAUGGUGGGUGGUGAGAAUUUAUCCAGAAUCACAGUAUCUAAAGCUUCUGGAGAAGACACAAUUAGCAAUGUUUCUUCUUUUGGUAACCAAGGCAUGCCACACUCUAUUACAGUGCCACCACCAAAGAAGAAGCGAAAUCUCCCUGGAAUGCCAGAUCCAGAUGCAGAAGUCGUUGCGUUAUCACCAAAGACUUUAGUAGCCACAAUCAGAUUCGUGUGUGAGAUCUGUAACAAGGGCUUUCAAAGAGACCAGAACCUCCAACUUCACAGACGAGGCCAUAACUUACCAUGGAAGCUAAAGCAACGAACCAACAAAGAGCCAAGGAAGCGUGUCUAUGUUUGUCCAGAGUCAUCUUGUGUACAUCACAACCCAGCUAGAGCUCUUGGUGAUCUUACUGGCAUUAAAAAGCACUUCUACAGAAAGCAUGGUGAGAAAAAGUGGAAGUGUGAGAGAUGUUCGAAGAAAUAUGCCGUCCAGUCUGAUUGGAAAGCUCACUUGAAAACUUGUGGCACUAAAGAGUAUAAAUGUGAUUGUGGCACUUUGUUUUCAAGGAGGGAUAGUUUUGUAACACACAGAGCAUUUUGCGAUGCGUUAGCGGAGGAGAGUGCAAGGGCGCAAACCCUAGCGAUAAUGGGAAGGGAAGGGAAUGGUUGUGACAUCAAGCGUGUGGGUGCUUCACCACCGCCUCCACCACUUACGCCGUCUACUAGUGUGGUGUCUCCGGGUUUAUCAGUUCAAAGCUCAGAAUUAGCAGAAAAUCCAAUUGGACUUUCACCACCACCAAUAGCAUGUGCCUCGGCUACAAGCACAAGCUCAACUAGCUCAACCAGUAAUGUAUUUGCGACUACAUUUGCCUCUUCGACAGCAACACCAGCUGCUAUCCCACAACAAGCAUCAGUACCAUCCUCUUUCCCAAAUCUGUUUUGCGGCUUAGCUCGCUCUGAUUAUCCCACUACUAUGCCAACACCUAGAGCGAUAGAACCCCCAUCACUCUCUCUUUCACCAUCUUUUUAUCUCUCCAACAAUACUUCGUCUCUCUUCAGCACAGAGCAAGAGCACUACCAUUACACACCAUCUCCGCAACCAGCCAUGUCUGCCACUGCAUUGCUUCAAAAAGCAGCACAAAUGGGUGCAACGACAUCAAACCCAUCAUUUCUCCGUGGUUUAGGAUUACCCCGUUCAACUAAUCAAGACAGUAAUUGCAAUAAAUGGGAUGUGAAGCCAGAGAACAACACCACUGUUGCAGCUGGACUCGGCCUUGGGCUUCCCUCCAGUGAUGUUAUGAUGGGUUCAUCUUCAUUGUUUGGAAACAAACCAGCGACACUUGACCUUCUCGGGCUUGGCAUGGAUGCUGCUAGUUCUGCUUUGCUAAAUUCCUAUAGUGGUGGCUUUAAUGUUGGAGCAGCCACUGCCGCAGCAUAUGGUGGAGGAGGAGGGAGAGGGACUUCUGAAGAAACAUGGGAUGGUGUGCCUGAGAGGAAGCCUUAUGGAUCUACAGGAGCUUGAGCUCCCAGCUCAAUUCAUGUACCCUCACUUUUCCAAGGUGUUUUUUGUCACGGGUGGAAAAGCUGGCCUUUCACGGGCGUCUCUCGUAGCUUUAUAUAUAGAUACACACCUUUUGUGUCUCCAUACCAUUGUAUAUUUUUUUGGCUCGAUCGUGCGUAGUUGCUUUAUUUAUAUUUUUUUGAAGGCAAAGUUAAGAAUCGAAAUCUAUUGGUCGCAGUGUACAGUGAACUUGUUACUGCCUACUACUAAUUAAUACCUAGCAAGCAUCUUAAAUA